AUGAUUCGUACUUUUCGCGGAACCUCUAUUUUUGUCAGACCAUCAGUGCAAGAGCUUGCUGAAGAGCCAGCUAAUAAAGUUAUGCAACGAUCUUGGAUCACCUUUACCAAAAAAGAUGAUCCGAAUCAACCUUCUCGUAGAUUACCAGUAUCUCCAGUCAAGUCCACAUUUGCAUUUUCCAUCACUAAAGACAUGACAGCUUUAGCAGGAUUUAAAGUUCUGGCAAUUCAUAACUUAAGUUCAGUCGCAAUUGUAGAUGGUGGUGAUGACGAGGCCGGUGAAAGAAUCGUUGAAUUAGUCGAUAAUUUAUCAUCUUCGGAUAUUCGCUACCUAAACGUCGACAAUAUCGCUGAGUGCUUGUUACCAAUUACAGCAUUUCUUGGAAAGAUUCGUACGCACCCGAAAAACAUUAUUUUUUGUCAUGAAGAUACAAACUUACAAGAAAUCAUGAGAGUUUCAAUUGAUAAUGGAGUUCAUCAUGUUUGGGUAGUUGAGAAAGAGUCAAAAAAACCUAUAGGUGUUGUUAGCAUGAGCGAUAUGCUUGCGAUGUUUAUCGGUGUUCAGGAAGGUUGA